CUGAGAGGACUAUCUUCCUGACUGUAAUCAGCCUGUUAGUGCCUCAGUUCACUUCACCGGUGGAGAAGCUGCAGCCAUGGUGCAGAAAUAUCAGUCACCGGUACGGGUCUACAAGCACCCCUUUGAACUUAUAAUGGCGGCCUAUGAGCGAAGAUUCCCAACCUGCCCGCUCAUCCCCAUUUUUGUGCACAGCGACGUCAUCAGCGAGAGCCAGAGCGAAGAUGGAGCAACUCAUGUUAUCGAGCGAAGGUGUGCUCUUGAUGUGGAUGCCCCUCGACUGUUGAAAAGGAUAGCAGGAGUCGACUACCUGUACUUUGUGCAGAAAAACACACUGGAUCGACGACAAAGGAGUCUGCAUAUCGAGACCUACAAUGAAUCCUUUUCCACCAGGGUGACUGUCAAAGAGCACUGCAGCUACACGGUGCACCCAGAAAAUGAAGAUUGGACAUGUUUUGAGCAGUCAGCCAGUAUGGACAUAAAGUCUUUCUUUGGGUUUGAGAGUACAGCAGAGAAGAUUGCUAUGAGGCAGUACGCUUCUAGUAUCAAAAAGGGCAAGGAGAUUAUUGAAUAUUACCUCAGAGAACUCGAAUCAAAGGAUAUAACACAUAUACCUCGCUGGAUUCCUCCUUCCACCACCGCAGCAUCACCAAAGCUAACAGUCAACUCAGCCACCAUUCUUACACCCAGCAGCAGCAAAGAAGACUGUGAAAGAGUCCACAGUAACCUUACAGAGACCAUGCCUGCUUCUGUAGAAGAUAAGUUAGAUGCAGAUUACAUCAGACACUAUCUAGGAGAGCUGAGCCCUCUGAAUGAGAGUUGCUUCAUCCGCCUACGGCAGUGGCUGAAAGAGACACACAAGGGAAAGCUCCCUAAAGACCAGCAUGUGCUGCGGUUUCUGCGCUCACGGGACUUUAAUGUAGAGAAAGCUCGAGAAGCAUUGUGCCAGACACUCUCUUGGAGGAAGCAGUACCAGGUGGAUUUCCUGCUGGAUUCAUGGAAGUGUCCACAACUUUUACGUGACUACUACACUGGAAGAUGGCACUAUCAUGACAAAGAUGGCCUGCCUCUCUACAUCUUACGGCUUGGGCAAAUGGACACCAAAGGACUUGUGCGGGCUUUAGGGGAAGAAUCUCUUCUUCGACAUGUGCUGUCCAUCAAUGAAGAAGGUCUCAAGCGCUGUGAGGAGAACACAGUUAUCUUUGGCAGACCCAUUAGUUGCUGGACCUGUCUUGUGGAUCUGGAGGGGUUGACUAUGAGGCAUCUGUGGAGACCAGGAAUUAAAGCUUUACUGAGGAUUAUAGAGGUGGUGGAGGCCAACUACCCUGAGACACUGGGACGGCUGCUUAUACUGAGAGCUCCCCGAGUCUUUCCUGUGCUCUGGACAUUGAUCAGCCCUUUCAUUGACGAGAACACUCGCAAGAAAUUCCUCAUCUACGCUGGGAAUGACUAUCAGGAUUCAGGAGGCUUGGUGGAUUACAUUGACAAAGAGUUCAUCCCUGACUUUCUUGGAGGAGAUUGUCCGUGUGACGUUCCAGAGGGUGGUCUGGUUCCCAAGUCUCUGUACCGUACAGCAGAAGAGCUGGAAAAUGAGGAGAUCAAACUCUGGACUGAAACUAUCUACAAAACUGCUAGUGUGUUCAAAGGAGCUCCACAUGAGGUGCUGAUUGAAAUCACAGAAGCAUCCUCAGUUAUCACAUGGGAUUUUGAUGUAUGUAAAGGUGAUGCUGUUUUUAACAUCUAUCACUCAAAAAAAGCUCCACAGACCCAAAAGAAAGAUAAUCUGACUGGUCCUGGCGGCAACAACGUGCAAGUCAUCGACAAGGCAUGGACACUGGGGAAGGACUACAGCUUGGUGGAAACAGCUCUAACUUGUAGAGAGGGCGAGAGCAUACAGGGCUCUCAUGUAACACGUUGGCCCGGUUUCUACAUCCUGCAGUGGCGCUUCCACAGCUCAGCAUCUAGCUUAUCCUCACUUCAAGUCUCCACACAGAAGAGUCGGGUGAUGUACUACACCGAAGUGCUGCAGUCUGAUGACUUCAGGGGUUCUAUGACAAGUCUGGAGUCCAGCCAUAGUGGUUUCUCUCAGCUGAGCAGCACCACCACCUCCUCUGGCCAGUCACAUUCCAGCUCAGUUGCUUCACGGUAGAAUAUAAACACUGCGACUGUUUAAUACAAAAUCCUGUACUAAUUGUUACACAGGAUUUUGUGCUGUUGUUACUUAAGUUGCAUGAGUCGUUUCGCAUGUCUUAGCAUAUAAUAAAAAUUAUGUGUAUAUUU